CUCUACAUAAACCAAUCUCAAUUAAAUCUCCCUUCACUACUUCUUCAAUCUCGAUCUCAAUUCAAUCUUGUUCGAUCUCAAUCCAAUAAAAAAAAUGAGAGAAAUUCUCCACAUCCAAGCCGGCCAAUGCGGGAAUCAAAUCGGCGGCAAGUUUUGGGAAGUCGUUUGCGACGAGCACGGCAUCGAUGGCUCCGGCAGCUAUGUCGGUAACUCCCCACUCCAACUAGAAAGAGUCAACGUUUACUACAACGAAGCUAGUGGUGGUCGUUACGUGCCACGCGCUGUCUUAUUAGAUCUCGAGCCCGGAACCAUGGACAGUCUUCGGGUCGGACCUUACGGGAAGAUAUUCCGACCCGACAAUUUUGUUUUUGGACAAAAUGGGGCGGGGAAUAAUUGGGCAAAAGGACAUUAUACAGAAGGGGCAGAGUUAAUUGACUCUGUUCUUGAUGUUGUUAGAAAAGAAGCGGAGAAUUGUGAUUGUUUGCAGGGGUUUCAGGUUUGUCAUUCUUUGGGAGGUGGAACGGGAUCGGGGAUGGGUACUUUAUUGAUAUCGAAGAUUAGGGAAGAGUAUCCGGAUAGGAUGAUGAUGACUUUUUCGGUUUUUCCGUCGCCGAAAGUGUCGGAUACGGUUGUGGAACCGUAUAAUGCUACACUUUCGGUUCAUCAGUUGGUGGAGAAUGCUGAUGAGUGUAUGGUGUUGGAUAAUGAAGCUUUGUAUGAUAUUUGUUUUCGGACUCUCAAACUCACCAAUCCUAGCUUUGGUGACCUAAAUCACCUAAUAUCAACAACAAUGAGCGGAGUAACAUGCAGUCUUCGUUUCCCCGGCCAACUAAACUCGGACCUUCGCAAACUAGCCGUAAACCUAAUCCCAUUUCCUCGUCUCCACUUCUUCAUGUUCGGAUUCGCCCCACUAACAUCCCGAGGUUCCCAACAAUACCGUUCUCUAACAAUCCCCGAACUCACCCAACAAAUGUGGGACUCCAAGAACAUGAUGUGCGCAGCUGAUCCUCGCCACGGUCGUUACCUAACCGCAUCGGCAAUGUUUCGUGGUAAAAUGAGUACAAAAGAAGUUGACGAACAACUUAUCAACGUUCAAAACAAGAAUUCAUCGUACUUUGUUGAAUGGAUUCCUAACAAUGUUAAAUCGAGUGUUUGUGAUGUUCCUCCUGCUGGUUUAUCGAUGUCGUCUGUUUUUGUGGGGAAUUCUACUUCGAUUCAAGAGAUGUUUCGACGUGUGUCUGAACAAUUUACGGUUAUGUUUAGAAGGAAGGCGUUUUUGCAUUGGUAUACGGGCGAGGGAAUGGAUGAAAUGGAGUUUACGGAGGCGGAGAGUAAUAUGAAUGAUCUCGUGUCGGAGUAUCAGCAAUAUCAGGAGGCGGUAGCCGGAGGCGAGGUUGAAGAAGAUGAGUAUGAGGAAGCUUGAACAAUUUGUUUUUGUAUUGAUGGGUGUUUUGUAAUUGUAUUAUUGCUUUUGGUUUUGUUUGAGCAUUAUUGAAAUGUUUUGUAAUGCUCUAAUUUGUUUAUGAAUUUGCUUAUGUAAGUACUUGUAUGGUAUGUUCAUUGUAUAUUUGGUAAGUAAUAGUA